UUGAAGGUGUAUUAGUAAACACGGGCCGCCGGCUGGAAUUAAUUAUUUCUUGAAUAGAUUUUAAAGUUAAUAAUUGUGAUAAUAAAUAAUUUUUAAAAGUUGAUUAAUUUAUAGUAUAUGUAAGACAAUAGCAGGAAAAUAAGAUUACAUGUUUUACAAACGAUUAGGUAGUAGUUGGUACGAUCACGUUUUAACUGAAACAUCGCUUGUCAAAGUAUUUUUAUCAUUUUUAUCAUUUUUAUCAGAAUGGAUUUGAGAUUAUCUACCCAUUUUACUUAGGGAGGUAACAUAACAUUAACUACUCCUCGUUAAGUGCUUAUUUAUUCAUAUGGCCAUAAUACUAGAAAAUUAAUCAAUUAAAACCAAUAUACAAUUCAUUCCUAGUGGUAUUGCUUCACAGACCGGUGGGGAAAUUGCAAAGCAAAAGUUUCGUUAGCGUUACAGACAUAGUAUUAUCCUGUGCAGUGUGCCAUCAUGUUAUUCUGGCUACAACAUAAAUGGUCUGGACUCUGGCUUCUUAUAUUCGCCUUAGGUGGUCUUACACUUUUUCUUUAUGGCUUUUUUCCAUUAAAGUAUCAUUCUGGCAAAUUAGCUCAUAUGGAUGAUUUGCCAAAUUUUAUAGAUGGAGUCAGUAUUGAUGGCCAUGAAGUGUACAAUUCUGGUGAAAACAGUGUCAUUCUUAUGGUCAUAGAUGGCUUACGCUAUGACUUUGCAACUGAAGAAUAUAUGCCUUACACUGGCCAGUUAAUUAAAAACAAAUCUGCAUGCAUUUAUGUUUCUGUUGCUGAGCCACCAACUGUCACAAUGCCCAGGAUUAAGUCACCAGAGCGUAAGAAGGAAAAGGCACAAUGGAGGCGCACAAUAAACUUCUGGCGGGAUAUAUUUGCAAUGAUGACCGGUAGCGUGUCAACUUUUGCGGAUGUAGCUUUGAAUUUUGGCGCGCCGGCUGUCAAAGGAGACAGCAUACUUCGCGUCGCGUCAUCUAGGGGUCGCCACUCCGUAUUAUAUGGAGAUGACACUUGGUUGAGGUUAUUUCCUGGGUUGUGGACAGAAUCGGACGGAACGACGUCAUUUUUUGUCACAGAUUAUACGGAGGUGGACAACAAUGUCACCAGACAUUUAGAUACCGUACUUGCUCCUUUGGAAAAUAAAAAACCCAAAUUCGAUUUCCUGGUACUUCACUAUUUAGGCUUAGACCAUAUCGGGCAUCUAGAGGGCGCUAGGAGUCCAAAAAUUAAACCAAAAUUAAUAGAAAUGGAUAAUAUUGUGAAAAAAAUACACACAGCUAUGCAAACAUGGGACAGAUUAGGGGUACUAAUAAUUUGCGGGGACCACGGAAUGCGGGACGCGGGGGGACACGGAGGGGCUUCGCCCGCCGAAGUGCUGGUCCCUUUAGUCGUGCUGAAGAGCACGGACUUCCAAUGCCCUCAUGAAUUAGGUCCAGGACCCGUAGUGGCACAAGUGGACAUAGCCCCAACAAUAUCUUGGCUACUAAACGCCCCCAUCCCGGGAGACAGUACCGGCAAAUUUCUGCCAUCUCUGCUACCGAGUGACAUCAGGCAACACUUGUAUUUACUACACGUGAACGCUCUUCAUAAUGUCAAGCAAGGCGUACCUACCGAUACCGAAUACUAUAAGCAAUUCAAACGCGCAGAAUCCCAAUUCGCCCGUUACCUCUCAACGGGACAGCAAAGUGCUGCUCGAAUCGCGAAAGAGUUCUACGACGAAUCCUUAGCCGCCAUGUCCAAGCAAUUAUCAGACGCAACCACCGACUUUGACGUGUUUGCAUUGGGAUUGGCUGUCGUGUUUUUGUAUCUGAUGUUGACGGCCCUCGCUUGCGUGACUCUGUACUCGCUGCAACCGGAAAGCCAACGCAAGACAAGCGUGACGGACAAACACAAAACUAACUUGGGCACGGCUGUCGCGUUUGCGGUCAUUUUCGCGAUCAUCGCCUCGAGCCUGACGUUGACCUGUUUCAUCAGCGAAACGAGGAGCCAGUUCUGCUCCUUCGGGCCCGCGUGGUCCGCCGCCUUCUCGGCCUCGGCCGUCGCUCUGACUUUCGCCUACUUCCUCGCGAAGACCGGUUUGGAGAAGAUCCGGGAUCUAUCGACGUUGCGGGAUUUGAAUGCGAUCGAUUUUCUGCUGAUCCUCGGCACCCUCUUCCACGCCUGGUCGUUUUUCGGCACGAGUUUCAUAGAGGAGGAGCACAUGACGUGGUACUUCUUUUGGAAUACGCUGAUGUUCUUCGUGUUGGUGCGAACGAUCGUCGUGAUCGUUUUGUACUUCGCCAAGCGGCUGUCGGGGGCCACCGAAGUUCAGGAGAAGCCGGAGUUGGAACACCUGAUGAGCGGCGUCGGCGUAGCUAUCGUGCCGAAGUGGGUGUCGUUGAUCGGUUUGCACAGAUAUCUCCGGACCAUGAACCAAACGGGCGACAGGUGGCUCUUCCUCCCAGACACGGCCGACUGGUUGAACGCUCCGGAGAACUCUAUUUAUCUCCAAGCUCAUCUCGUUAUAGGCACUCUCGCGACGCUCGCGAUCUGUCUCGGAAACAUCCGCCACAUGAACGACCAUCUGAAGAUACAUUCGGUGCUCACAAUCCUAUCCACGCUCUGUAUAUUUCUGUACCGCAUCAGCGCGGGUUCCUUACGUCUGCCGUACGAGGUUCCGCAGUGGGACGCGGGGCAAGUGGUCCAAGUGUUUUGGUGGCUUUUAGCCGCUCAGACUAUAUUCGAGGUCAUCACCUAUGUCGGUGCAUUUCCGAACGGAAAUAGGUUCGUUUAUAACAAGCCCAAAGCGAAAACCGAAGAUUAUUUCUAUGACAACGCGGAAGAACCGUGGAACUUGAACGAUGUCAAGUUAAACUUAGCCAGAUCUUUAACUCACAUAAUGUACAAUCAAAUGAUGCUGAUAAUAGUUCUGUUGAUGCGUCCCUACAACGUUAUCAUGGUGCCCAGCAUCUAUAUCACUUGCCUGCUCACGGCUAAAUGCCUGGACCAUAAGUUGUUGGAUUCGAGGCCCGGAAGAAACACGGAGGGCGCCGACACUUUGAGUCUGACUUUGGCGCACAUUUGGAUCGGAGCCGUGUUUUAUUUCUACCAGGGCAACUCGAACAGCCUGGCCUCGGUGGACCUGGGCUCGGGUUACGUGGGUCUGAGUGAAUACAGCCCGGUCAGGGUCGCGGCCCGCAUGGGCCUCCAUGCAUACGCCGGCCCGGCUUUGUCUGGGGCGCAUUUAUUCUGCUCGCUGCCUUAUACAGAUAUUAACAGAUACCGUCAAGCAGUGUGGCGCGUUACCAACAUUAUGGCGUUACAGAGAGUGUAUCAAGUUGUAAUUUAUUGCGUCAUAGCGAUAAUAUUCAGGCACCAUCUGUUCGUGUGGUCGGUGUUUUCACCUAAAUUGCUAUACGACUUUGUCGCGACAAUAUUCUCCGUCCAGGCGUUGUUGACGAUUGCAGAAAUCGUGUGUUUGACGCACGUAAUUAGUUGGAUUUCUAGAUGCAUAACGUAUAGGAGGGUAACUUAGUUUUUCAAUAGGUUUUCAUGUUUGAGAUGAAAAAUAUAUUUUUAUGUGGAGUUACAAAGUUUGAUGGCAAAUAAUUAUUUCUUCCAAAAUUAAAAUUACACGUAUCUUUACUGUUAUUUUAUUUUGUACGAGCAUUACGCUGUAUAUCCUUGACACCAAAUGCUAACAUUAAUAUUCGGUAAACGAAUAUUAAAUUUGUGUUUCAUUAAGUAGUCUUUAUUUAUAAAUUUACUAUAAACAUUCCUUUGAUAGGUCAUAUUGAACAAUUAUUCUACUAUUAUUUGGAUAUGAUGUACAAAUGUAGUACAUCGGUUGUUGAAAUAAAAUGGAAAAAUUCCUGGUCGUGAGACAAUGUUCACCUAUGUGUAUUACAUCAAAGGCUUGUGACAAUUUCCCCAUUGCCCCCCUCGAAGUUCAUGUGCAUAAAUGGUCGUAGUAAGUUUUUUGAUAAUUAGUAUUUUAGUUCAUCUGUAUCACUGUAACAGGCGACAUGGAAUUCCGAUUUUCGGGAUUCAGGACUGGGUAGAUCGAUAUUUUAAUUGUUUAAUUCUGAUAAAUGGGCUUAAUCGUAACAUAUAUAUAUGUAUAUACACGUCAUAACAUAGACACUGAGUACUUGAAGAUCGUCCCGAAAUUCCAUCUCACUUGUGCAAUGAGGUUCAGUGAAUUUUUGUUACUAUAUGUAUGUGUGCCAUUAUGUAAUAAAUAUUUGUACCUAU